CCUUUGACUGGUGCAUUAUCACUUCACGAAACAAAAAUUCCUGUUAUUUGAUUUCUUCCCAUUUGAACCAUGAGAACAAAGGAAGACCUUUCCAUCUUUGCUUGUAUGAUCGUAACUUUCAAACUCUUCAGUGCCUAUAAAUUCCCGAGGUUUCUCACUCCCUCCCUCACCCUCCUCUGCAUUUCCAACCACAUUUCUCAUUUACUCUCACAGCCAUUGUUGCUACUUCAGCUUGCCAGACUGACCUUCACUUUACCUUCUUUAAAACUGAAAAUGGGUUUGCCAAGUGAGAGCCAUCACCAUCAGCUUCUGUCCAAGAUUGCCACCAAUGACAAACAUGGAGAGAAUUCCCCUUACUUUGAUGGGUGGAAGGCCUACGACAGAGACCCAUUUCACCCCACGAAGAAUCCCGAUGGGGUUAUUCAGAUGGGUCUGUCGGAGAAUCAGCUCUCUUUUGAUUUGAUUCAAGAUUGGAUGAUGGAGAAUCCCAAGGCCUCCAUUUGUACUCCUGAAGGAGUAAACCAAUUUAAGCAUAUUGCUAACUUCCAGGACUAUCAUGGACUCCCAGAGUUCACAAAGGGUGUGGCUAAUUUUAUGUCCAAAGCGAGAGGUGGUAGGGUCAAAUUUGAUCCUGACCGUAUACUGAUGAGUGGCGGGGCCACAGGGGCCAACGAGCUCAUCAUGUUCUGUUUGGCAGAUCCUGGAGAUGCCUUUUUGGUUCCUUCACCUUAUUAUCCAGCAUUCGUUCGUGACCUGUGUUGGAGAACCGGGAUUCAAAUUAUUCCUGUUCACUGUGACAGCUCCAACAACUUCAAGAUAACAAGAGAAGCUCUUGAAGCAACAUACCAGAAAGCCCAAGAGGAUACCAUUAACGUUAAGGGUUUGAUCAUAACAAACCCAUCAAACCCUUUAGGAACCACCCUGGACAGAGAGACACUGAGGAGCUUAGUGAGCUUCAUCAACCAGAAGAACAUCCACUUAGUCUGUGAUGAGAUUUAUUCUGCCACAGUCUUCAACUCCCCCAGCUUUGUGAGCGUCUCUGAAAUCAUACAAGAUAUGGAAUGCAACCUUGAUCUCAUACAUGUUAUAUAUAGCUUGUCUAAGGACAUGGGACUUCCUGGGUUCAGAGUUGGGAUAGUUUAUUCGUACAAUGAAACAGUGGUGCAGUGUGGCCGUAAAAUGUCCAGCUUUGGAUUAGUCUCUUCGCAGACUCAGCAUCUUCUCGCUGCAAUGCUCAACGAUGACGAAUUCAUCGAUUACUUCCUCAAGGAGAGCUCGCGGAGGCUGGGAAAGAGGCAUAACCUCUUCACAAAGGGUCUCGAAAAGGUGGGGAUUACUUGCUUGCCAAGCAACGCGGGGCUUUUCGUGUGGAUGAACUUGAGGAGGCUGCUAAAAGAGCAGACCUUUGAAGGUGAAAUGAUACUGUGGCGUGACAUUAUCAAUGAAGUGAAGCUCAACGUUUCUCCCGGUUCAUCUUUUGACUGUAAAGAACCAGGUUGGUAUAGGGUUUGCUUCGCAAAUAUGGAUGACGAAGCAGUGGAAGUUGCACUAAGGAGAAUCAGAGCAUUUGUGGGCAAAGAAACACAGAAGAAACCAGCGAAGAUUAAACGAUGGAACAGCAAUCUCAGGCUGAGCUUCUCUUCUCCAAGAAGAUUUGAUGAAACUGUCAUGUCACCUCACAUGAUGUCUCCUCAUUCACCCCUUGUUCAAGCUACUUAAUCAAGAUUAUUCAAGGUGGGUAACCUCAGAUUAUUUACGUCAGUGGACGGAAUAAAGUUGUGUUUUUCAGUGUGUA